AUGUGCCUAGGCACCAAGUCAACUGCAGUAGUGGGAAGAGCAAAAUGGUUCAUGGGUUUUAUACCGUUACCAGCAGAAUUUGAGGACCUACGGCAGGAGAGUUUCUGGGAAUUGGAGGCCCUGUCCCUGCUCUCACAGGACGCUCAGGAUGCUAUACUCCAUACGAUCCUGAACAUGCUUGGGAACCAAGAGGCUUUGCAGGACCUCAUGGAUGAGCUGGAUAGGAACCCCUGGGAUCCUCCGGAUAGCUUUGGUGGCAAAAUCUUAAAUGAGAUGCAAGAGGACAUAAGAGACCUAUGGAUCCAGGAAAGAUUUCACAUCACUUACCUCCUUGAAGCCAUAAUGGUGCUGAGUGACACCCAACGUGACCUGCUCGCCCAGUCCAUGAAGAAGAGGAUCCUGCUCCAGCAGCAGGAGCUGGUAAGGAGCAUCCUGGAGCCCAACUUCAAAUACUUCAAGGAUAUCCCCUUCACCCUCAAACCUGAGCUCCUUGCCACACUCCAGGACGAGGAUUUGGCCAUCCUUCUGCAGGAGUGUGGCCUGAAUAUGGAGCUGAACAGCCCCAGUUCAACCUGGGAUCUGGAAGACAAGCAGACCCUGUCUGCCCUGUAUGGGACCCUCUCCCUGCUGCAGCGGCUGACAGUCAGUCCAGAGAGGCCUGGCCUCACCGCAGUCUAUGCUGGGAGCAUCCCUGAUGAGCUCAGGGGCCCAAAAGCCACCACUUCUGGCGUUCCGGGUAGCAUGGAGCCAGGAAUCAGCACACCUGAGGGAACGUUCUGA